AUGGCCGCGCCAAUAUUAAGAUGCCUCUGGCCAUCCCUAGCAAGGCGGCCGGUCGCAAUACCAAUGUCCUUUCCUAAAAUACCCAUGCGAUCAUUCUCUUCGACGCCGUCCCCAAAUGCGACCUUGAACCAAGUCCUACGAGGAUGUCGUAAGCCCCAACGCGCGCGCCACGCCGUUUCUCCAGCUCUGUCCGAUACGGAAUGUCCGCAGCAGAAAGGCGUGUGUCUCAAGGUCGGCAUUACGCGGCCCAAGAAGCCCAAUUCAGGCGAGCGAAAAACAGCUCGUGUGCGUCUGUCUAGCGGCCGUAUGAUCACGGCUUAUAUCCCCGGCGAGGGCCAUAACAUCCAGCAGCACUCUGUCGUUCUUGUCCGAGGUGGCCGAAGUCAGGAUUGUCCUGGUGUGCGGUAUCACUUAGUCCGAGGAGCUUUGGAUUUGGCCGGUGUUUCUAAUCGCAAAUCGAGCCGAAGUAAAUAUGGAACGAAGAAGCCGAAGAAGGCAUCUGUUGGCUCAUAG